GCGCUGCUGUAGCACCGUAGUGGCACAAAGAUGGCGGACACGGCUCCUGCCGCGAAGAAAACUACUAAAGGCAAAGGAAGGGGUCGCGGCCGAAGAAGUGUUCGCGGCAGAAAAGCAGCGAGUGUUGCCAAAAAGGCAGCAGCGGCAGUUGAAGAGGAAGAUGACCGUGCUUCGCAAGGUGAAGAAGAAGAAGUUAAGAAAGAGGAACCUGCAGAAGAAGAACAGGAAGAGACAAAAGAAGAAAUAGCCACGCUGGAUCCUCCAUCAUUUUCACCGCUAGCCAGAGGACCCCCGGAGCCACUACACCAAAACAAGAAGCUAAAAUGGGAUCAUAAGGUUAACCUGAUCGGGGAGAAGCUCAUCAAUCCCAUGAUACACUGCUGCGAGAAAUGCAAUCUUCCAAUUCUUACCUACGGACGUAUGAUUCCAUGUAAACACGUAUUUUGCUACGACUGCGCUAAGAAAGCGGAAAAAACAUGCUACAGGUGCAACGACAAGGUACAGCGCUUGGAGCCCAGCAAUUUGGGUACUGUGUUCAUGUGCACAUUUGGUGCCAGGCAAGGCAAGGACUCUUGUCGCCGAACGUACCUCAGUCAGCGGGACUUGCAGGCUCACAUCAGUCACCGGCAUUUAAAGAACACCGGAGCCUCGUCGUCCUCCUCCAGUCAGGCUCACGGUGGACUUCAGUCCAGUGGUGGAAGUGCACCCCCACCUCCACACCCUACGCUUGUGGCACGCGACCCCCGGCAGCACCAUUCUAGCCAUCCCCCUGCUGCAAUCGACACUUCUCGUGCCCCGCCAUCCCACGCCCCGGCACCUCCUCCCCCUCACACGGUGCACCUGCCUCCUCAACAGAAACCUUCAGAAAUGAGAGAGAUUCCGGAACUUCGGCUGCCCCCUCCUCCUCAGAUGCCUCCCGGUCCCGGUACUCAACAGAUGGCUCCUCCGCGCGGAUAUCCCACUCAGAUCCCCGUCGUCAGCCGGUCAAACUUGAUAACUGUCCAGAUACACGACGACAGUCACAAAGGAGCCCCGCCGAACAUGCCUCCGCCACAAUUUGCGAGCCCACCCCAUCAAGUUGUUCACCCCCCACAACAGCAAGUGUAUCCGCCAGCAGCUACGGGACACAUGCAGUAUCCGCCGACGCAACCUCCUUUCUCUCAACCGCCACCUGCUGCGAGUUACACGACGGGGGCGCCGUCGAUGAACCAGCCUCCUCCCGGGGCACCGAGGAUGCCUCCGCUGUCGAUGCACCCGCCAAUGCCUCCGCAAUAUGGGCAUCCUCCACAGGGCGGUGGUCUACCACCUCCACCCCCGAGGUUCCCCCCGUCGGGGAUGUCGUACGAAGAUGGCGCGCCACCUCCGCAGUUUCAUCAACACUGGGGAGGAGGAGGAACGAACCUCCCACCACCGCAGCAGAGGGGCAUUAUGCCGCCACCGAGGGGUAUACCAACAACGCCCCCGCCGCUAGGGAUGCAGCGGGAGCCGACUUUUCGACCGGCUUACUAUGGACAAUGAAUGCAAAAAGGUCUUGAUCUGUUGAGUGGAGUGUAAUGUAAUAAAUGUCUAAGUUACA